AUGCUAUCGAUGGGAGGCUUUAGACUGACCAAGUGGCUAAGUAAUGACCCAGACGUGAUAGGAUCCAUCCCUGAAGGUGAAAGAUCGGCGAAGGUACUCGAUCUCGACAUGGACAAGGAAAGACUUCCGGUUGAGAGGACAUUGGGUCUAAAAUGGGACAUGCACGCAGACAAGUUCAUCUUUGAUGUAAUGCCUAAGGAGAAGCCAGCUACGCGGAGAGGAAUCCUGUCUGUCACAAGCUCAAUAUACGACCCUCUAGGAUUUCUAGCACCAGUGAUUCUUCCUGCUAAGAGGAUAAUUCAAGACUUAUGCAGAAAGCAACUCAACUGGGAUGAUGACAUCGAUGAAGAGGACUUGCAGAGUUGGAAUAAAUGGCGAGAACAGUUACUACAACUUUCGCAGUUGGCCAUAGAACGGUGUCUCAAGCCAAUACAUUCAAGUGAAAUCAAGCGCGCAGAACUGCACAACUUUGCUGACGCAUCKCAGUACYCCUAUGGAGCAGUUUCAUAUCUGAGAGUCAUUGACAACACUGGAAGUACURACGUAUCAUUCCUUAUGGGCAAGUCACGCCUCGCUCAUUUAAGGCCCCCAACAGUACCACGUCUUGAAUUGUCUGCAGCUGCGUUAGCCACCGAGGUGGACAAGGCUCUUCGAAGGGAACUCGAAAUACCCAUAGAUGAAUCCUUCUUCUGGACUGAUUCAACAUCAGUACUUCAGUACAUCAGAAACACAACAACAAGAUUCCAUACGUUUGUUGCCAACCGUCUUACAGUUAUCCACGACCACACCGAAUCGUAUCAAUGGAGAUAUGUCCCAACCAACUUAAACCCAGCGGAUGACGCAAGUAGAGGUAUUGCAGUGAAGGAUCUAUGCCACAGCAACUGGUUGCAUGGCCCAGACUUUUUAGCAGAAGACAAGGCUCUCUGGCCUGCAGAGCCUCAUGCGCUGACAUCCAACUGCUUAGACAAAGAUCCUGAAGUGAAAGCUCAUCCAGCUCAAUGCAUGAGCUCGAGGCUUCAUCGCGAGGAGCAUGGCUACUGUCGACGCAGGUGGAAACAGGUACAGUACCUAGCGAACGUAUUUUGGCAGCGAUGGCUCAAAGAAUAUCUUCCAAUCAUGCAAGUACGACAGAAAUGGCUCAGGCCACAGCGCAACCUACAAGAUGGAGAUUUGGUGCUAAUAGCAGACGAGAAUACCCCGCGUGGUAAAUGGCCAAUUGGCAAGGUUACAAAGGUGAACAAAGGAAGAGAUGGUUUGGUACGUUCAGCCUGUCUCUCCACAAGUUCCGGAUCUAUGGUCACAAGACCUAUCACAAAGCUCUGUUUUCUUGAACACCAAGAGCAAUGA